AUAUGGAGGAAAAAGAAAAGCUAUUGAAACUCCUUGGAGAAAAAAUACAGGAAGGUAAAGGGAUGAUGGAGAGGCUUAAGCCCCUGGAGUACGUUGAUGGGGUUGAAAAAUUUAGCAGAAAAAUUAACCAAGAAAUCAGGUUUCUGGAGAAGGUACAAUCUACAGGGAAUGUGAAGAAGGAUCACCUGCAGAGUACAAAUCUCAUUCACUUGAGCGCCUUGGUGGAUCGACUUCUGGCAUCCAAGAAUCCAGUGAGCGUUAUUAAACCUUUCAAAUUUGAAAAUUCACGACUCGAAGUCGAUAUUGUAUGCAAUCAAGGAUCAACCUGGGUGAAAGUCAUAGCACGAAAUGCAAGAGCAUUGACUUUAAUAUCUCUUGGAAAUGGAGAGUAUGGGCAAAAAUCUGUACUGGACCAAGCAGAAUCUUACCUCAAGUGCAGCACACUGCAUCCGCACAUGUAUAAAGCUCCUGAAGUAGUCUUCCAUUUUGCCUAUGGCAUCGAAGUACCAUUGGCUCUUAGGCUUGAGCGUUUGGGUGUUACGGUAGAAGGACAGAGAAUUGCCUGUUCGGAGGAUAUCCUUAAUGCUGCAGCAUCUCUUAAUGAGCAAAAGGAACGUCUGGAUGGAUCCCCAAGUGCAUCUGUCUUUCGACCCUCAGAUUCGUACAAUUCUAGUUCUGAUUCUGAUUCAGAUUCUGAGUCUGACCAAGCAGAAGGGCAGGUACGGGGGAUGCCAAUUUUAAAUACGAUAAAUUCGUUGGAUGUGAGGGAUACAGAUGAAAUAAAAAUUCUAAAUCUAGAUGUUUCAACACUGUUAGCUUAUGUGACUAACAUGACAAAUGGUCAGGCUGAUUUUGAAUACAAAGAACCUUUACUCACAAUGCAAGCAGAAUGGGAGAGGAGUCGUCCGGUGAAACCGAUUUUGGAGAAACUUUUUAAGAGAAAGAAAUUAAUUAUAUGUCGGACUGCUUAUGAUAAUUUUAAAAAUAUAAUUUCUGUGAUUGGAGGACCUAACGAAACUGAGAGAACAGAGGAAUUGAUGAGGAGAGUUGAGGUCGUUUCUGACAAUCCUAGCGAGAGGAUCAUGCACGCAUUACCUCUUGGCGGAAGAAUCAAAGAUCGAUCAAGGUUAGUCUUUGCAACUGGAGAGAACAUGAAAAGUAUUACAGUUUCGGCUAACGAAGGUUUUGUUAGAGCAGCCAGAAUGCAGGGAAUUGAAUGCUCAGUUUUUUUACAUGAGCCAAGGUCAUUAUCUGAAGUCAAGGAAAAGUACGCUCAAAAACUGAGUACAUCCUGACAUAAUUUAGAAAUUUAGAUACAAAAAAAUUAAUAAAAUAGGUAAUAUAUGAAGAAAAGAUAAUUAUAUGAAAUGAAAUUUGUUUUUAAAAUUAA